UGGACACUCCAGGUGCCCAUUGCGCCUUGUUCUACCUCAGACGGGCUAGCAUGACACCGGUGUCACUCUGUAUCUGCAGCUGUUAGCACACUAGGUAGCAGGGAUGGGAGGCAGAAAACACCAGCUAACUUCCCUUGUAAGUGCCCAUCGGUAACUUUGCUGUUCUAAAACAAAGAAGUUUUACCACACAAAUGCCAAGGAAAGUGAAGUGCGUCUAGUUGUAGUUUUAACCCACCAGGAUGCCCCUUUGCCGGCUUUGCUGAGUUUUAAUAUACACCAGAAAAGUUGCCUGCUGCACACCCAGCUGUACUGCUAGGAGCGAUCACUAUAGAUAGGGGUGGGAGGAUGUGGCAGACGUACAAAGCAAUUCUAUCUCAGGGCAUCUUUAGAGUCCCAUUAAAUCACUCGUGUUGGAAGAAUCUGUCGCCCUCAGCACUGGUCGUGGUAGGGACAGAUCGAGGAUAAGUACAGGGGAAGAACUGGACAAUUAGGUGGGGGUGGGGGUGUCUGUUUUUCUGUGAUUGACACAGUCCUAGGUCCUCCCUCUGCCUCCAUUCCUCUUCUCCCCUGCCUGCUGCAGGGCACUCAGAGGAAAGCAACUUUGCAGACCGUAGUUUAACCACCGGGCAGCGAAGCUUUCAAUGAACCGGAGCAACGGAGCCGUGUGAAGUGCUCCCACUGGCUGGGGAACAGCAUGCACACAGGGCUUGUUGUUCUGGUUGCUUUCUGCCUAGCUGUGGAACUGGUGCUUGGGGGUGGGAAGAAAUCCUAUAACGGACCAUGUGGGGGUCGAGAUUGCAGCACGGGCUGCAAAUGUUUUCCAGAAAAAGGUGCUCGGGGUCGACCGGGACCUAUUGGGAACCAAGGACCUAUAGGUGCUCCAGGAUUUACGGGGCAAGAAGGUUUGGCAGGGGCAAAAGGUGAGAGAGGCGCAGUGGGUUCUCCAGGAUCUGCUGGACUGAAAGGAGAUAAGGGUCCAAUGGGAGUUCCUGGAUUUCAAGGCAUCAAUGGGAUUCCGGGCCACCCUGGCCAGCCAGGGCCCAGAGGUUUUCCUGGCCUUGAUGGCUGCAAUGGUUCUAUUGGGAGUCCUGGUGUUUCAGGGCUGGAUGGAUUUCCUGGUACACCGGGACUACCUGGUCGCUUUGGUCCCAAAGGUCCCAAAGGAGAACCUGCGUAUGCUGAAGGUGGCCCUAAAGGAAGUAAGGGUGACAGUGGUCUUCCUGGAUUGGAUGGGAUUUCUGGUCCAAAAGGUUUCCCUGGCCCAGCAGGUUCUGUGGGUCCUAUAGGAUUGCCAGGUUUGCAGGGGCCACCGGGUGCAGUGGGACCACAAGGACCAAAAGGUAAUAUGGGAUUAGGUUUCCAAGGAGAGAAAGGUGAAAAGGGAGAUGUCGGGCCAACUGGCCCUGCAGGUCCCCCACCAUCCACUGGGAUACUAGAGUUCAUGGGAUUUCCAAAAGGGAAACCAGGAGUAAAGGGUGAGCCAGGCCCUAAAGGAUUCCCUGGGAGUAAAGGAUUACCUGGCCCUCUGGGCAUUGGGGGUAUCGGAGAAAAAGGAGAAAAGGGGAUCCCUGGCUUACCAGGUGGCAGGGGAUUUCUGGGAUUGGAUGGAUCUGAUGGGAUUCCAGGAAGAAAGGGUCAGUUUGGUUUCCCAGGUUUUCCUGGGCUGGAUGGAGUGCAAGGAAUGAAGGGUGAAUUAGGUGAAAUGGGUCCUCCAGGCCCUCUUAUUUCUCUUGAUGGAGAAGACAGACUGGUCUCAGGUGUGCCUGGAGAUCCUGGAACUCCAGGGACUCCAGGCCCUCGAGGAGAUGAAGGGAUUGCCGGUUCACCAGGCCUUCCUGGCACUCCAGGUCUCUCAGCUCUUGUUCAAGGGCCACCAGGUCCCAUGGGAUUUCCAGGUAUUCCAGGUACUACUGGUGAACCAGGAGACCAAGGGAGAGCAACAAUUGGAUUACCAGGCACUCCAGGAAUAAAUGGUUUACCGGGUAUGCCAGGACCUCCAGGACUGCCUGGUCCAUCACCUGAAGAAAUCCUCAGUGGAGAACCUGGGGAACCAGGAAGACCUGGACAACGGGGGACACCAGGAGUUUUGGGACUAAAGGGGACCAAAGGGGAUCCAGGUGAUUGUGCUUGUGAUGGAGGAGCCACUAGAGCUGGACCUAAAGGUGCACCAGGCCCUCUGGGUCCACCAGGAAGUCCUGGUGAACCUGGGUUUAAGGGUUCCAGUGGAGAUCCAGGCACUGUAGGUGCACAAGGGCCGCAAGGGCCUCCAGCGUUACCUGGUCAACCAGGUUCUCCAGGCCUUAAAGGAGAAAAAGGGAAUCCAUCUUUUGCAAGAGGCAGAGGUCUCCAGGGAGAUCCUGGUGCAAUAGGAGCCAGAGGGCCUUCUGGUAUCCCAGGAACUCCUGGCAGAGAUGGAUUCCCAGGUUUACCAGGCCAGCCAGGUCCUCCGGGUGAUGGUGGACUAGGCUUUCCAGGCGAAAAAGGCCUGCCAGGAUUACCUGGCUCCAAGGGCCAGCGUGGGGAGAGCGGUCUUCCUGGCAUUGGUUUCCCAGGUCCUAGCGGAGUUCGUGGCCUUGCAGGUGACCCAGGAAUGGAUGGUUUUCCAGGACAACCAGGUCUUCCAGGACCUUCAGGGAUCACCUUGCCCUGUGAAGUUCCUGGAGCAUUUGGUGCACCUGGGCCUCCAGGCAUGCCAGGAUUUCCAGGUCCCAAGGGCAGCCUGGGGUUUCCAGGUAUUCCAGGUCAACCUGGAUUAAGUGGGUCAAAAGGACAACCAGGUAUUCCAGGAUCAGUGGGAUUGCCAGGAGCACCAGGCUUUCCUGGGCCUCGUGGAGAACCAGGACCACAAGGGCUUCCAGGACUCGAUGGAGCAGAUGGUUUCCCUGGAAAGAUGGGAGCUCCUGGCUUGUCAGGGGCAAAAGGAGCUCCUGGAGAAGUGUUUGGUGCUGAAAGAGGAGCCCUGGGUGAGCCUGGCAGACCUGGAUUCAUAGGAGAUAAAGGGCUUCCUGGAGAACCUGGAUUUCCUGGACAGGAGGGUGUUGACGGAAGGCCUGGCUUGCCAGGUUUUAAAGGCCAACAGGGUAAUCCAGGGCUCCCAGGUAUUCUUGGAUUGCGAGGACCUCCUGGUCCUGGAGGCCCGUUUGGCAUUAAAGGCGAACCAGGUCCCAGGGGAGCAGUUGGCUUCUCAGGAUCACCAGGACUUCCUGGAGUCAAAGGACCAACGGGCGAUGCAGGUCCAGCGGGCCCUGCUGGUAUGAAAGGCUUCCCAGGCCUAGAAGGUUUUCCAGGACUACCUGGGGACAGAGGAUUCCCAGGGUCACCUGGGCCUUUGGGUAGAGAUGGACGUCCAGGUUUCUCUGGAGCAAAAGGUGAAAAGGGUCCUCCUGGGUUGAUUGGCUUUCCUGGCAUGGCAGGCCUGCCUGGUAUCCCUGGGGUGAGUGGGCUGAAAGGACUUCCUGGGUCAGCUGGAAGGGAAGGAAAUAUUGGAUAUUCUGGACCCACUGGUCUAAAAGGUGACAGGGGAGAUCGAGGUCCCCCUGGACUCCCAGUUCUUAGGCCUCCAGAAUUGGCAUUGGCAUUGAAGGGAGACAAAGGUGAUCCUGGGUCAGCUGGACUGAGAGGAUUCCCUGGACCUAGAGGUGAGAAAGGAUUCUCUGGAACCCGUGGACAACCUGGUCUUCCUGGUUCCCGAGGUUUGCCAGCCACAGAUAGAGGACUACCUGGUGAUGCAGGGUUCCCAGGCCUGCCUGGACCACCUGGCUUGCCGGGACAGAAAGGACUGGCUGGAAUCAUAGGAUUACCCGGAUUUCCAGGAGAAAGUGGUUCAGAGGGUAUCUCAGGAGCACCAGGUUUUCCAGGGACUGGUGGUUUCCCUGGUCCAAAGGGUGACCCAGGGGAAUCACUUGGAAUUUCCGGUGGGUUAGGAAAUAAAGGAGAACGAGGGGACCGUGGAUUCCCAGGUGAGAGGGGAAAAGAUGGGCCAAAGGGUGAACCAGGAUACCCAGGAACCACUGGCAUGGAUGGGCCUAAAGGUAUCCCAGGUGAUCUGGGCCGAGAAGGACCACCAGGCCUCCCUGGAAUUGCUGGGUUGCGAGGAAAUGCAGGUCUUCCAGGUUCUCCAGGGCAGCCUGGACCUGUAGGAUUCAUCGGGCUCCCUGGGAGAGCAGGGCCAAAAGGAUUCCCUGGAUUUCCUGGUUUAAAUGGUCUGAACGGCUUGCCGGGCACAAAAGGGUCACCUGGAACACCAGGUCUGAGUGAAGCUGGACUGAAUGGCCCUGCAGGGCUUCCAGGUCCUAAGGGUGAAGAAGGUUCCCCGGGCAUUGGCCUAGGAGCCCCAGGACUCCCUGGGCAGAAAGGAUCAUCAGGAGACACGGGUCCUCCGGGUUCUUUGGGUCUGCCUGGUUUACCAGGGCUUCCUGCCAUCUCUCUUCCUUCAAAUAUACCUGGGAGACGUGGUGAUCCUGGCCGUCCUGGAGUGGAUGGGAAUCCAGGUACCCCAGGUCCUCCAGGUCCUCGAGGGCUCUCUGGCCCAGCCUCCAAUCAAGGUGAUACUGGCCUUCCAGGUCGCCCUGGAGUUCCUGGUUUGCAAGGCAUAAAGGGUGACAUGGGACUCCCUGGUCCACCUGGAAUUCCAGGAGCAUCAGGACUCAAAGGUGUGAAGGCUGAGCCAGGCUUUAUGGGGAUGCCAGGUAAAGACGGGCUUCCAGGGGACCCUGGAAUUCCUGGGCUGAAAGGUGAAACUGGUAGCCGAGGUUUCUCGGGCCCACCAGGCGCUCCAGGCCUAAUACCAAAACCAGAAGAAGUCAUAGUUCCUCCAGGGCUACCUGGUCUGCCAGGAAUUGAUGGUGUCCCUGGCUAUGCUGGAGAUCGUGGAUUUCAGGGACUAGAUGGACAGCAAGGUCCAAAAGGUCUGUCAGGCAGAUCAGGUCAGGUGGGACAUCCUGGUUUACCGGGGCCAGAUGGCGCAGUUGGGGAUCCAGGAACCCCAGGUAUUCCAGGACCACCAGGAUUGGAAGGUGUCUCUGGAAAGCCAGGCCCAUUUGGUUUGCCUGGAAUGCCUGGUCGGGGUGUAGGCGUUGGAUACACUUUGGUGAAGCACAGCCAGUCGGAGCAGAUUCCGCCAUGCCCAAUUGGAAUGAAUAAGCUCUGGGAGGGGUACAGCUUGCUGUAUGUGGAGGGUCAGGAAAAGGCGCACAACCAGGAUCUCGGUUUUGCUGGCUCCUGCUUGCCUCGCUUCAGCACCAUGCCAUUUAUUUACUGCAACAUCUAUGAGGUGUGCUACUAUGCCAGCCGAAAUGACAAAUCCUACUGGCUCUCCACCACUGCUCCCAUCCCCAUGAUGCCAGUGAGCCGUCUGGAGAUCCCGCCGUACAUCAGUCGUUGCUCGGUGUGUGAAGCACCUUCCCAGGCUAUUGCAGUACAUAGCCAGGACAUUACCAUCCCACAGUGCCCUGAGGGCUGGCGCAGCCUGUGGAUUGGAUACUCUUUCCUAAUGCACACUGCAGCUGGCGCAGAAGGCGGAGGUCAGUCCCUUGUCUCACCCGGCUCUUGCCUUGAGGAUUUCCGUGCCACUCCUUUCAUUGAAUGCAAUGGUGCCAGAGGAACCUGCCAUUACUUUGCAAACAAAUACAGCUUCUGGCUGACGACAGUCGAACGCACGCAGCAGUUUGUCAGUGCUCCUCCCUCAGAAACUCUGAAAGCAGGACAGCUCCGAACACGAGUCAGCCGUUGCCAAGUGUGCAUGAAGAACUUGUAGCAAAAACAACCCAAACAAAUAAAACUUUGCUGCUUAAGUUUUUAAACCUCAAUCAUUGGAAGAAGAAACAAAAACACAAGCCCAUUCUGCUGGUGGUUUGUGGAUAAGUUACAACAGCCAGAACACUACUGAAAUUAUGUUUUAGAUCCAUCAGAAAUGUUACUUCACACAGAAGGAGGGAGGGACAGACUAAUGCUCUGAAACCUCUGACUGUUUUGUGGAACAUGGUGCUACACUUUUGCUUCUCUGUUUUUCUUAUUCAUGGCUACCUCAGAAAGUCUCUGUGCCUUUCUCAUUCAGAUUGCAGAGUGACAAGCACUCCGUAUUAUAUCGCCCAGCCCUUUUAUGCACUCAUCUCUAGCCAAUGAUAGAUUUUCUUAAAUAAGUUGGUGCUUCACUGAUGAGUUGUCUUUGCACAAAGCAUUUGGCAUGGCCUAGGGGAAUAUGCCUUGAUUAGAUAAGAAAAUAUGUAAUGAAGUGGAUUUUCAAUAGGAAAGGAACUUAACUCUAAACUAAUUAAAACAAAUCACUGCAGCAGGUGCUCAGAGUAUUAAGCAUUCAAGACUGAAAACUGGCUUACCUGGGAAGUUCUUACUUAAAGGUGAGCUCAUUGUGUUUUUUGCUUUUUAAAGCAGUUGGCAAAAUCUUUGGUUUCAGUGAUGCACAAGCAACUUGGAGCCAAAUUCAGACCAGCUGUAACUGAUUUCCCCUGUGAAAAAUGUGGAUUUCUACUUGAACUUAAAGCCAUUUUCAUUAUUCAGCACAGCUUUAUCUCUAUUGAAAUGUGUUCUGUGUAAGGACACAGUUCAAGGUUUGUCGUUAUCCUUUUGCACUCUAGCAAUUUGUGACCUCCAGAAUAAUUUCAUUAAUACGUACUGUGGCAGAGCUCCGACUUUGUCUCUGUGGGUCCUGUACUUCCAGGCAGUUUAUGCCAGCUUCAGAGGCUCACUGCGACCCUCCACGUAGCCCUUCUCUCUCUAGGGCCAGGUUACAGUCAACUGAGCCCUUUUCAUCAUAAGCCAGCAAGAAGGUUGGCGAGAGAAUUUCCAGUCUCUGUUGUCCCUACAGGCUUAUUCAAGAACAGUUUAGCCUCCUGUCCUGACAGGGGCCUGUCUUCCCGUCCCAGAAGAUGUUUCUAUAGUGGUGGGUUGGGGGGAACCCAGGCCCAUACUCUACUCUGGGUUCUGGCCCAGGGACCCUCGUGGCAAUAGCUGUUGGCAGCUGACCUUUCACCACUAGAACUGCUACAUUUCCCUGGGCCACUUCCUCACAGCUCUCCCGCUUCUCUAUCUUAAUGCCUUCUUCACCCUAACCUUAGGGCUCCUUUCCAGUGGCUUGAGAGUAUCUUCAUUAGCCAGCCCUUCAGCCACACUUCCUUUCCCCCAGGCUGGGGGGAGUGAGCCCUAGCUAAGAUCAAGUGUAGUAUCUGAGGGGCCUUAAUUAGAGUCAGGUGUUCACAUUAGCUUAACAGCCUCACCUGACUCUCUGCAGAUUAAUUAGAGUCAGGCAUCUAUUCUAGCCUCGAGCAGCCCCCACUCUGGUCAGUCAGGGAACAGAAAACUGCUUAUCCAGUGGCCAGUAUAUCUGCCUUCUACUAAUCGGUUGUACCCAGCUGACCUGGGUCUAUCACAGUACAUAUGAAACCAUCUUUCUGAGGUAGCCUUAGAACAGGUUUUUUGUAAGUAUUCAAACUGUGUAUAUUUUAAAAUGUAGAAGCCUUAUUAUUUAGCAUUCAAGUUUAUGGAAACACAGAAGCAAGCAGUUGUUGGAUGUACAUUUUUUUUACUGCUAAAAUCGCCUGUAUUGUAUUCUUCAUCCUCUGGGCUUUAUUUCUACUAGUUAAAAAACACAUUACUGUAUUUCUAAUGCACUGUUAAAUAUUCACACAGUUCCUUCAGGUUAUAAUUACAAUCAGUGGUACUCAAUUUCUAUUUUCCUGUAUAUUCUAAGGGAAAGCCAUAAAUACAAUAUGUCCAUGCUGAGAAUUAACUAAGGCUAAAGCUAUUAAUUUCAGCUUGUUUCUACAGUGAGGCUGGUGACACCCAUAGGUAUCAGCAUUUUAGAGGAUCUGAAGUGAGGGCCUUGUAAAUUCAAUUUUUUUUUAAUUGAAAGAAAACUGUACAGAAAGUUGCUACUGAUCCAGGACAAAGACUUAAUCACUCUUCUUUAUUACUGACUUAGGGUACUUAGAACUCUGGGCUUGAUCCACUGAAGCACAUGGUUGAAUUUAAGUACACAGGUAGGCCCACUGAUUUCAAUAGGGCUACUCACAAGCUUGAGUUUUGCUGGAUCCUGGUCAGGGUACUCAGGACCCUUGCAUGGUUGAGCUCAAUUGGAGCUAAUAACUUGCAGUCAACAAUUUGUUCUUUGAUGUAACCUCUUUCUGCUACAAAAUAUCAAUCACAACUUUUAAUUAUUCAACAAACAUCUCGUUUUUUCACUCCAUAGCUUGAUGGUGCAUCCAGGUCAGAUACCUGAUCUCUGCUAAGUCGCAUGGUAUUAGACUUUGAAAUUCACUUUCUGCAAAUAUUGGUGUCAGUAAAACUCAACUCCAGUGUUUGUUUUAAAAAUUUGAGCAAAUAUUUGUGGAAAACAUUUUUUGUCACCCAUUCUACUCAUUAGGUGCCAGCAGAAGCACCAGGUCUGGUACCAGUUUAUUUGUGUGGAUGUUGAGGGGAAGGGUAAGGAAAAGCGGGUUUUGCUCUGGAUGCACAUGACUGAAGUACACAUACGUCUUUUCAGGAGCAGAGUCUAUGUACUUGUUUAGCUUUAUGCACCGUGUGUAAUGUCAUGGCAGUUCUGCACUGAAAGCAAUUGACUUCAGUAGGGCCAAGAUUUCACCCUGAUGGGUAAUGUUAAGCACAAGCAUGUCUUUGCAAGAUCAGGGCCACAGUCCGAUCUUCUUCCACUCCUAUCCAGACCUCCUUCCAAUCAACCCUGUAUCUACCCCCUCUCCUUCCAGUUGCUGCUCAAGACACUUUUCCAGGAAGCCUGUAUACUUCAGAUUUCCCCUCUGAGGUGUGUUUAUGUAAUGAAAGAUAACAGGAGGGCAAUUAAAAAAAAAAAAAAAGGAUGAACUAAGGAUGAUAUGCCUAGCUUCAUUGCUUAGUCAUCUAGCGGGCACCUCCCUUUUCUGUGUAGAUGUCAUCCUCUAGAAUGUAAGCUUUUCAGAGCAGGGCUGCAUUUUCAGUUUUGUCUGGAAGGCACCAAGCAUAGCUAUGGUCUUUAAUGAAUACUAGUUGGGGAGCCAUCACAGCUUUUUUUUAAAACUUUGUGCAGUGACAUCUCCUUUUGUUAAUGUUCAGUUUCCAAACUGUGGUUAAUAAAGGCAAACAAGGCAUGAA